AUGGCUUCUGAAGUCCCAACCUCCGCUGCUUCUCCUCAAGUCGAAAACGACUACAAAGAGCCUGUGCAUGACAAUGUAGAUAUCGGCGACACUGCUUUCGUUGUUCCCGAUCGCCCUGCUGGUUGGAAAUGGCGCGCUCGCAAGAUUGGCCCUCUCACCAUUCCCUGGUAUGCCUCGCCGCGAUUCCAGCUGAUCAUGGUGUCUUUCGUUUGUUUCCUGUGUCCGGGCAUGUUCAACGCUUUGGGUGGUCUUGGAGGAGGAGGAAAGACGGACGCUACACUGGCCGAUAAUAUGAACACGGCUCUCUACUCCACAUUCGCAGUCUUUGGUUUCUUCGGUGGCACAUUCGUUAACAAGCUUGGUGUCAAGGGCACGCUUGCCUUUGGUGGACUUGGAUACUGCAUCUAUGCCAUUUCUUUGCUCGCAUCAGUACAUGCCGACGUCAGCGGUUUCAACAUCUUUGCUGGUGCCCUUCUUGGAGUAUGCGCUGGUCUUCUCUGGACUGCCCAAGGAACUAUUAUGAUCUCCUAUCCCAAGGAGAGUUCCAAGGGUAAGUUUUUUGCCAUUUUCUGGGCUAUUUUCAACGCGGGGGCUGUUAUUGGGAGUUUGAUCCCACUCGGUCAGAAUAUCCAUGUUACAGCCAACAAGACGGUUGGAGAUGGUACUUAUAUUGCCUUUAUCAUCCUCAUGUUCCUUGGUGCAUGCCUCGCCCUCCUUCUCUGCAACGCCAACGAUGUCAUUCGUCCCGAUGGAUCCAAGGUCGUUCUAAUGAAACAUCCUAGCUGGCAAUCGGAAUUCAUUGGUCUCUGGGAGACCCUUCGACAUGAGCCCCUGGUCGUCCUCCUAUUCCCCAUGUUUUGGUCCUCCAACUGGUUCACAACCUACCAACAGAAUAGCGUCAACGGUGCCCAUUUUGAUACCCGCACCAAGGCUUUGAACAACCUCCUCUACUACCUUGCUCAGAUCGUUGGUGCUAUUGUCUAUGGCGUAUGUAUGGAUAUUACCUGGGUCCGCCGUUCGGUUCGUGCCAAGCUCUCCCUCGGUCUUCUUUUCGUCCUCACCCUGGCUAUUUGGGGUGGUGGAUACGAUUACGCCAAGGGAUAUACUCGUGAAUCCGUCAACACAGAUCCCAAAGUCGGACCAGUCACGGACUUCAAGCCUACCGAUUGGAAAACGUCUGGUUAUGCCGGUCCCAUGUUCCUUUACUUUUUCUACGGGUUCUACGAUUCCGUCUGGCAAGCGGCUGUUUACUGGUACAUGGGCGCACUCUCUAACUCUGGUCGUCGCGCCGCCAACUACGUCGGAUUUUACAAGGGAAUCCAAUCCGCGGGCGCAGCCGUCAUCUGGUCUCUCGACUCCCGCAAGAUCUCCUUCAUGGCUGAGUUCGCCUCGACCUGGGGUCUCCUACUCUUCUCCCUCGUCUGCGCCACGCCCGUCAUCUGGUUCAAGGUCAAGGACCAUGUCACCGUCGAAGAAGAUCUGGUUGGCACGGGUGAGACGCUUGCUGAUGUGCUACCUGAGGGACAUGCCGAGAAGACUGGCAUUGCAUGA